AUGGACAAAUUGUCUGAUGUGGAGCUAGAACUUGCUGCUGUACUAAUGCGCAUGUUAUGGAUAAAAAAUUCCUUUAUCUUUGAAGAUAAAUUCAAGGACACUGAGAGCUUGGUUAGAACAACCAAGACAACUCUUGAUGACUUUCGAGAUGUUCAAGGAAAUGAAAAGGGUCAAGAAUUUUCAGUGUCAAAUGAGGCAAGAGGGGGUGAAAGAGCUAAUCAUAGGUGGAUAAAACCUAUUCAAGGUUUCAUCAAGGCAAAUUGGGAUGCUUCCCUUAGUAAAUACAGCUUGGGAUUAGACAUAGUCUUGAGAGAUGAUAAAGGAGAUAUCAUAGCUUGUGCUUGUUACAAAAGGAACCCAGUACAAGAUCUUGUGGAGGCUGAAAUUGUGGCUCUUUGGUAUGCAGUGAAGCUGUGUAAUUCACUUGGUUUCAACAGAGUAAUCUUAGAAGGAGAUGCUGAAGUGGUGGUAAAAGCAGUCCAUAGUGAGGAGGAGAAUCUUUCCUCUAUUGGCCAUGUUAUAGAAGAUGUCAAGAUUGUUUUGAAGGAGAGAAGAGCUUGGAGAGUGCAGCAUGUCCAAAGAGAAGGGAACAAGGUGGCUCAUUUGUUAGCAAAGAAUUCUUUUAAGUUUGAUCAAGAGAUGAUAUGGGUAGAGCAAUGUCCAGAAUUUAUAUCUUUACAAGUUUUAAAGAUGCAAAUUGUCAGCCGGAGACACGUAGAUCGGUACAUACUGAAGACAGAGUAG